GCCUCCUUAGCCACAGCAUCCUCAGAGCAAACUGAAUGAAUAGACACGUCUUGCGAUACUGACAUCAUAUGAAAUACUAUCCGAGAGCAGACUCAGGGUGAUAUUGAGUGAAAGACAAAUGAUCGUUCAGACAGAGGCAAAAACCGAGACCUGGCACAGGACGUACGGCUCCAACAUCCUCGCAUCUGACUCAAGAAAUCUGACCAGUGAUGCAGCGGGAAAAUGCACACGAGCAUCAUUUCUAACACAGAGACUUCUGUAAAGGACUGCUCAAUACAUUUCAUUAAAUAAAUCCGGGCUGUGUUAUUUCGUGUUACUGGAGCUAUGUCGAUUCUUGGGGUUAUACUCAUACCAGGUGAUGUCAAUGAAAUCGUUUAUCGUUUAUAAAUAAGAGGAAACACGCAACACGUUGUUGACUGGCAAAUAGGAGCUCAAGAUUAAUCCAGCCUUCAUUCAUGGGAUGACCUUCUGCCGUGUGGCCUGUCCCAUUAACCCCUGCAUCCCUCUCCUGUCUGUCUGUGAGCUUCGGACUCCAGCAGGCUGAUGAGACGCUUUGUGUACUGUAAGGUGGUGCUGACCACCUCUCUUGUCUGGGUGCUAGUGGAUGUCUUCUUACUGCUGUACUUCAGUGAGUGCAACAAAUGUGACAACAAGAAGGAUCGCUCGCUCUUGCCUGCACUAAGAGCGGUGAUGUCACGAACCCCAGAGGCUCCUGGUGAAAUGGGGAAGGCAGUGAUCAUUCCAAAGGAACAGCAGGACAAGAUGAAAGAGCUCUUUAAAAUCAAUCAGUUCAAUCUGAUGGCCAGUGACAUGAUCGCACUCAACAGAACUCUGCCAGAUGUCAGGCUGGACGGAUGUAAGACGAAGACAUACCCUGAUGAUCUCCCAAACACCAGCAUUGUGAUCGUGUUUCACAAUGAGGCAUGGAGUACUCUCCUGAGAACCAUACAUAGCGCCAUAAACCGCUCACCCAGACACCUGCUGCUGGAGAUACUACUGGUAGACGAUGCCAGCGAGAGAGAUUUCCUAAAGAGGAAACUAGAGGAUUAUGUUGCUAAUCUAGAAGUUCCAGUGCGCAUUUUGAGAAUGGAACAGCGAUCUGGUUUAAUACGAGCACGGCUGAGAGGGGCAGCUGCUACACGAGGGCAGGUUAUCACCUUCCUGGAUGCCCACUGUGAGUGCACCGCAGGGUGGCUGGAGCCACUGCUGGCCCGGAUUAAAGAGGACAGGAGAGCUGUGGUCUGCCCUAUCAUUGAUGUCAUCAGCGAUGAGACAUUUGAGUACAUGGCUGGCUCAGAUAUGACCUACGGGGGAUUCAACUGGAAACUCAACUUCAGAUGGUAUCCAGUUCCUCAGAGAGAGAUGGACCGACGCAAAGGAGACAGGACCCUCCCUGUAAGAACUCCAACAAUGGCCGGAGGUCUGUUCUCCAUUCACCGCACAUAUUUUGAAGAAAUUGGCAUGUAUGACUCGGGUAUGGAUAUAUGGGGAGGAGAGAAUCUCGAGAUGUCUUUUCGGAUCUGGCAGUGUGGAGGAUCUCUUGAGAUAGUCACAUGUUCUCAUGUAGGCCAUGUAUUUCGUAAAGCCACGCCAUACAGCUUCCCUGGUGGAACUGGUCAAGUUAUUAACAAGAACAACAGACGAUUGGCUGAGGUCUGGAUGGAUGAGUUUAAAGAUUUCUUCUACAUUAUCUCACCAGGUGUUGUUCGGGUAGAUUAUGGAGACGUCUCCUCUCGGAAGGCUUUGAGAGAAGCUUUGAAGUGUAAACCCUUCUCAUGGUACCUGGAGAACAUCUACCCCGACUCUCAGAUUCCACGGAGAUAUUACUCACUAGGAGAGAUCAGAAAUGUUGAGACCAAUCAGUGUGUGGAUAACAUGGGCCGUAAAGAGAACGAAAAGGUUGGGUUUUUCAACUGUCAUGGAAUGGGUGGAAACCAGGUAUUCUCAUACACAGCUGAUAAAGAGAUCCGUACUGAUGACCUUUGUCUGGAUGUAUCACGGCUCAAUGGACCUGUCGUUAUGCUGAAAUGCCAUCACAUGAAAGGAAACCAGAUGUUUGAAUAUGAUGCAGAGCAGCUGACUUUGCUCCAUGUGAAUAGUAACCAGUGUCUGGACAUGCCUUCUGAGGAAGAUAAGAUGGUUCCUACUCUCAGAGACUGUAACGGCAGGCGGUCACAGCAGUGGAUCCUCAGGAACAUGACGAUAAGUGUUUGACAAAACCACCAACUACAAGUUGAGACCUGAACAUCUGCGCUGUACCCUGAUGACACCAGAGUCAGGUUUAUGGCCAUCUUCACAGCGCUGUGAGCUGUCAUUUUCUGGUCCAGCCUGGCUUUGAUCAGAACCACAAAGAGCACAUUUGCUGAUCCAUUAGUGUCUCCAGCACAGGCUUGAGUCUCUGCUCAUGUUUGGACUGCUCUGUUUGCUUGAUUCUUUUAGUGCUCAGAGUCACUGGUCAAGGGUCAGAUCGCAGGCUAUGUUUGGUCCACAGUGUGUUUUAAAUGCUCACCGUCUUUGAUCUGAGCUUGUGUCACUGAGUUUAUGUGGCUGGCUAGCAUUGCUGCUCGUUCUGUGGGGCCUCUUUCAGAAGAAUAUCUUAGCUGUCAUAUUGUAGACAAUAACCCAUGUUUCUUCAGAAUAGGAGAAACUGUGUUGGCCUACAAUGAAGGUGCAUCCUGUGGUAUAAUGAAUCAUGUGUUAGUCAGUGGAUUGUGCACUGACACCAUAUUAAUUGCUGCUGUUACUUAAAACUAUCUGCUAUCUUUUAUUGGGGCUGCAAUAUAUGUCUGCCUUAAGGAAACUUAAAAUCAGAAAAUCAUAGACAACAUAAAAAAGAAAAACUGAGACCAAGACGACAAACAUUUUCAGAUAUCUGUUACACACACAACAUCAUUUUGCUUUAUAUUUUGGGAUUUUGUAUUUUUUAAACUAAUUUGUUUCGUUGUAUUGUAUUGUGUUAUUUGUAGUUCUAUUGAUUUUACUCAUUGGUUAAAGCACAAGGCCAAAGCAUUAAGUUUUAUUAUUACAUUUAACUAUUAUUUAAUUAAUCUGCAUGUUUUUAUGGAAAUAAAAUCCUGAAAAAGUUACAUUUGUUAAUUGGACCACUGAAAAAUAAAACUGCUUUUAUUUUUCCUUAGUUUCUUUGAUGGUGAAUUUAGAAACUUUCAAAUUGCUUUAGUUAAAAGAAUCUGCUAAAUGCCUAAAUAUAAAUGGGUUUUUUGAAGUCUAUUCUAUAGAUAAAUGUUAUCCCAAAAAUUAAAAAUUUUCUCGUUAUUUACUCACCCUCAUGCCAAGUUGUCACAUGAUAUACAGCCUCAAAACACACAAGAAGCAAGUGUUCAUAAAGGAUUGUCGCCAUAUUUGGAAAUAAUAUGGAAAUAAUAUUAUAGGAGUGCGAAAAUCCUGCAGUGUACUCCGGCCUUUAGAUGAGUCACAGUAUCCGGAUGAGCAGUCCAUUCCUUACUGAAAAAUCCAGCUAAGACCACCAUAAGCUGGUAGCUGCUGGUGGCAGUAGCUGGUUUAAGCUGGUCCUCCCAGCCUGGCAAAGCUGGUCAAGCUGGUGGGUCAGCUGGUCUUCCAGCCUGACCACCUAAGUCCAGCUAGACCAGCUUAAAAAGUGACCAAAACACAGCUAGACCAGUUUGCUACACAAGCAAUACAAGCUAAAACCAAGCUGGGAGACCAGCUAAAACCAGCUCACCAGUUUAUGCCGGUCUUAGCUGAAUUUUUUAUUGUGUUAUUUUGUGUAUUCAUGUUAUUUGUUUUACCUUGGAACAUCUUCAUCAAAUUACAGUGCUGCUGUCAAUUUUUCCUCAACGUUGAAUUGCUAUAGAUCAGACAAUUGUACAAAAUAUGAUCUAGACCUUUCUGAGCAUCGUUGUACAUAUUAAAAUAUAGUCAAUAUUUUUUUAAUAUAAGUCUAUAAAACUUAAUGGACUUUUACCGAGUGGGACUGCCUGCCUGCACUAUCUACUGCUGUAUGCCUACACUGAUACUGUUCAAGAAAUCUAAUGUACUCACCAUGUUUAUCAAUGUUCACUGUCUGUUUACCACACAAAAAUAUGCAUUACAGUAAUGAAUCUUGAAAUAUUUGGUUUAAGCACUUGUAAUCUCUUACAAAUCAGAAAAUAACAGUUUGAACAUGUAUUUGCAAAGUGUAUUCACGUACAACUGAAUUAAUUUAGGUCUCAUAAACACAUCUCAAUCAAUAUAUUAUCAUGGCUUUCCUAGAUUUUCACUUGCAUGGUACAGACUAUACAUGUAUUUUCAACUUCAUAAAAGCUUAAAUGUGUAACUUUGCAUUCAUCUUAAUGUUAACUGUUUGUACUUUUUUAUCUGAAUCGAUUUUGUUUAAUAGAUUAUCAAAUUUAAACUGUG